GCGGGGCUGCGGGCGCUCCCCCUUCCCCGGGCUCCAGCCGGCGCAGGCAGCCGAGGCGGCAGCAGGCGAGCCGUGGCCCCGCGAGGCCAUGAAGGUGAAGAAGGGCGGCGGCGGGCCCGGGUCGGGGGUGGAGCCCGCUCCGGGGUCCGCGGGCCCGAGCGUGGAGCCCAGACCCGAGCCUCCGCCGCAGACGGAGUCCGAAUCCGGGUCCGAGUCGGAGCCCGAGCCAGGCCCGGGGCCCAGGCCGGGGCCGCUGCAAAGGAAGCAGCCGAUCGGGCCGGAGGAUGUGCUGGGGCUCCAGCGGAUCACGGGCGACUACCUGUGCUCCCCCGAGGAGAACAUCUACAAGAUUGACUUCAUCAGGUUCAAGAUUCGGGACAUGGAUUCGGGCACGGUCCUCUUUGAAAUUAAGAAGCCCCCAGCCUCAGAGCGGUUGCCCAUCAACCUGCGGGAUGUGGACCCCAAUGCCGGGCGCUUUGUCCGCUACCAAUUCACCCCUGCCUUUCUCCGCCUGAGGCAGGUGGGAGCCACGGUUGAGUUCACGGUGGGGGACAAGCCUGUCAACAACUUCCGCAUGAUCGAGAGGCACUACUUCCGCAACCAGCUCCUCAAGAGCUUCGACUUCCACUUCGGCUUCUGCAUCCCCAGCAGCAAGAACACCUGCGAGCACAUCUAUGACUUCCCCCCGCUUUCCGAGGAGCUGAUCAAUGAGAUGAUCCGUCAUCCAUAUGAAACCCAGUCAGACAGCUUCUACUUCGUGGAGGACCGGCUGGUGAUGCACAACAAAGCGGACUAUUCCUACAGCGGGGCGCCCUGACCCCCACCCCAAGCUGUCCCCUACCCCCGGACACUUCUGCGCCCUCAGUCAGGACUUCCCCAGCACGUACCUCUCCAUCCCA